CAUCAGUAUUAUCGAAAUCGAUUGUACCCUACAAUGUGGCGCUUGACCACCAAAGCCUCCCGCCCUCUCCUCCGCCCCAGGGGGUUAGGACUUCAACCCCAAACCCACCUCCCUCUCCUCUACAAAACACCUUCAAAGCGAGCCCCCCACACCAACACCACCAGCGCCAACCCGGCCCCCACCCCAUCCUCCUCCUACCUCUCGAGCCACCACCGCAACCGCCACCCGGAAUCCGACCUGGACCGCCACCUCCUGCGGCCGGAGUCCUACGAGACCUCGAAGAGCGGCACCGACGACGCGGCCGCCCACCACCCAUGGUCCUUCGACCCGACCAUCACCGACCCGGCGCUGGAGGUGCUGGCCUCGGACGCCGAGUGCGCCUUGGACGACUACCGCGAGGACGACCCGCUGUACGUCAGCCCCGGCAACACGGAGGUCAGCCGGUUUCUGGACCCGAUGGCCGGCGGCGCGGCGCACAACGCGGUCAAGCCGGGGUGCUCGGGGAUGGGGUGGACGCGGAAGGCGCAUGUGUUUCGGGUGCGUACGGAGCCCGGGGAGACUGGGUGGGGGAAGAGGUUUGAGCGGUAUGAGCGGGUUUUGCGGGAGGUGAGGGGGCGGAAGAAGGUGGGUGUUGGGGAUAGUGUCCGGACUACUGGUGCUGGGGGAAAGGAGGGGGAACAAGGUCCGGGGAAGGGGUGAGUUGCUUGUGAAGGGAGAAGGUUAUCGGGUUGGAUGGGUUGGAUGAUGGGGUAGGGCUGGUAUAUGGCGUGACAGUGUGGGUUGGAAUCUGGCGCUGGAUGGGAGAUUGUUCACUUCCCUGUACUGAUAUUUGUGGCUGGGUUUAAAUUGGUAGGUGUGGUGUUUAUACUUGGUAUAUAGUCU